AUGUCUCAACUGGUUGGCCACCCCGGUGAGCUGUCUCUUGCCAAGCUCCUCGCUACACUCACCGCGACACUACACCCGGCCCUCUACGUCUUUGCCGUGGUCCGGGACGACGAGUCCAAGCUGCCGCCCUGGUCCAAAGUGCAGAUGCUGUUUCGCGAGGCCGAUUCCGAGGGCGUCACGGUGAUCCUGACCCAAGAGGACGCCGAGGCUUCUGGGUUGGAGUACUGCUUCCCCUGCCGCAAAAUCACCCUCGACGUUACGUCCAGUCUCGACGCCGUCGGGUUCAUCGCCGUCGUGGCCACCCGGCUGGCUGCCCACGGCAUGGGAGUCAAUCCUAUUAGCGGAUUCUAUCACGAUCACCUUUUUGUGCCACAAGGGAGAGAGGAGGACGCCAUGAGGAUCAUUGCGGAACUGGCCGAGGAGAAGAGGAAGGAGACUGGGUUGCAGGGUUGA